ACUGCAAAUGAUUUAAGGUGCAGAGAAACACUGCGCUUAGUUCUAAGACACCGACAGCGAUCUAGGGAGGAAAUAUUGGGAGAAAUGUCUCUGGUUGUUUAUUUUGUGGUUAUAUUCUUAUGUCUCGGAUUUAUGGAUCAAGAGGCAAAUGGAGCUUUCAUGCAGAAGUUGGCAAAGAAGAAACUUUGUGCUGAUGACGAAUGUGUUUACGCUAUAUCCCUUGGGAAGGCUUUUGAUGAUUACAAUGCUCCAGACUGCAGAUUUAUAAACAUCAAGAAAGGCGAACUGGUCUAUGUCUACACUAAGCUAGUAAAGGAAGAUGAUGAUGCAGGAGAAUUCUGGUCUGGAAGUGUUUAUAGUGACCAGUACAGGGAUCAGAUAGGACUUGUUGGCUAUUUUCCAAGCAGUCUCAUUGCUGAGUUGAAUGUCUACCAGGAUGCUCUUCAAGAAUUUCCUACAACGGCUAUCGAUUUCUACUGCGAUUAAGAUGGAAAAGAAUGAGUGAAAAGCUAUGAAAAUACUACAGUAGUUCAUCCGAAUGAAAUUGCAUGCAAUAGAAGAUACCGUUGUAGUUUUUCUUGGUGUUUCUCCUUGUUUUAACUUUUGUAGUAUGUAAAGCAAUAAAAAGGGCAUAUCUUUAUGCAUUCAGCAGACAAAACUUCAGUUUAAGUUGAAAUCAUGCUAGAAGCAUGGUAUAUUGAAUGUCGAAAUAUUACAAAUUAUUUCUCUAGAAUUAUUGCCCCUAAAUUUUACGGCCUGGGGACAGCAGUUUAUUUCACAUUGUGACAUUCCAUUACUUUUGUGCCACUAUUGGUAGUCUUCCAGUGCAUUCUUCCUUCAAGCAACGACUUGUUCUGAAUUCUUAACAUUUGUUCCAGACCAAAAGGUCAGACAAUACCUGGUAGUUAUUACUAUACACUACAGAUGACA